GGCGCAUGUGCAGUGCGCACUUCCUGUUCCGCGUUGCAGUGGGGCGUUCUUUGCAAUCCCACAACAGUGAGCGAUCCAAGCACUGGAUUGUAUUUUUUUUUAAUGAACUACAGGUUUUCGAAAAUUUAAAAUGGCGUUUAUGAGGAAAAGUAAAUUUCGUCACGUUUUUGGUCAAGCCGAAAAACGCGACCAGGGUUACGACGGGAUUCGGGUCACCCGUACAUCUUGGGAGUCAACUUAUUGUGCGGUUAACCCAAAGUUCGUAGCAGUUAUUACAGAAGCUGCAGGAGGUGGUGCAUUUCUGGUGCUUCCCUUGUCAAAGGUGGGCCGUGUAGCAACUGAUCACCCGCUGGUAGCUGGACACAAGGGAGCAGUACUCGAUAUUCAAUGGUGUCCCCAUAAUGACAAUGUCAUAGCCAGUGCUUCUGAUGACUGCACUGUCAAAGUAUGGCAGAUUCCAGACAAAGGUCUAGACUCUAACCUUAAUGAACCAGUUGUGGAUCUUCUUGGACAUCAAAGACGUGUAGGAAUUUUGGCUUGGCACCCUUCUGCUCAGAAUGUGCUGGCCUCAGCAGGUUCAGACAACAAGAUCAUUCUGUGGAAUGUGGGAACUGGUGAGGCAAUGGUGGAAACAGAGCUUCCAGAUUUUGCUCUCAGCAUGUCCUUCAACUACAAUGGAAGUCGACUGGCUUGCACUGCAAAAGACAAAAAAUUACGCAUCCUGGAUUCACACACUGGAAGUAUUGUCAAGGAGGGUAAAUGUCAUGAAGGGGCCAAGCCAUCUCAUGUAUGUUACCUUAAAGACGGGCAGCUACUGACCACAGGCUUUUCCAAGAUGAGCGAACGACAGUAUGCUUUGUGGAGUGAGAAAGAUCUUAGCAAACCUGUUUCACUUGAAGAAAUUGAUAGCAGCAACGGUGUCAUGUUCAUCUUUUAUGACCAAGACACAAAUAUGAUCUACCUCUGUGGAAAGGGUGACAGUUUGAUUCGCUACUACGAAGUAACAGAUGAAGCUCCGUAUGUUCACUACUUGUCGCUGUACCAGUCCAACAGUCCUCAGCGUGGCAUUGGCUUCAUGCCAAAGCGAGGCCUCAAUGUCAAUGCCAAUGAAAUUGCACGUUUCUAUAAACUUCAUAACAAUGGCCUGUGUGAAGUGAUCACAUUCACAGUUCCACGAAAGUCAGAGCUGUUCCAGGAUGACCUGUACCCAGACACUGCCAGUGAUACUCCAGCAAUCUCAGCAGAAGAAUUCUUUGAUGGAAAAAAUGCUGACCCAAUCCUGGUCUCUCUCAAGGAAGCAUUGCAGCCGUCACAAAAAGAGCAGCUGAAGGUGGUGCGGCGAUCAAACAUCCUGGACAAGAUGCCCUCGCGCUCCUCAACCAUUCAGUCCAACAAUGCCCCAGCAGCCGCAGCACCUUCUGUUCAGUCAGCGCUGCCACCUAAACUGCCUAAGGAUUUUGAUGCAGCAGCCAUCAUGCGGGAGAUUGCAGACCUUAGGAAAAAGGUGAAAGACCAGGAUGAACGUAUCUCUGAACUGGAAGGAAAGGUGGCAGCUUUCACUGAAGUCUCUGACCCGGACACCUCCACCAAUGUGGAUGAUGGCAGAGAUGGCGAUGCCAAUGACGAUUAAGGUGGCUUGAACUGUCUUGUGAUGAAGCAUAACAAUAUUAAACUUUAUGUAAAGAUUAACAUCAAGCUGUGGCCUUUCCUUAACAAAUCUUUUCUUUCACUCCUUUUUUUUUUUUUUCUUUUUUUUUAUUUCAGCGUCACAUCAUUGAGAUUAAAUGCUAUAGCCCUAAUGUCUUUCUGUUUGAAUUUCGAAGUUUUUCUAACCCUAUGCAGAUAGGAGACUAUACCAUCACUGCAAAACUGUGACUAUCUAGUCUAGACUUUGGUCAUCUUUUGUUAAUACCCUUGGUCUUUGUGUGGAUUAGUUUCUGCUAGUCGUUUUGUUCUUGUGUUCUUUUGGAAAUCAGGAAAACAUUUGACAAGGCUUUGCAUCUUUGUCUCAAGGACAUUUUGUCAACAGUUGCAUUGACUACAAGGUCUUCCAGUCCUUGCAUGCAGAACCUAAUGCUUAAUAUAAUUACUCUUAAUUCAACAUUUAAGAAGCAAAACCUUAAAUGAGUAAGCUUUUUGCUUGAAAUUUUCUUUUUUAAGAAAAUUUGUUUUGAAAUAUUAAAAUAGAUCCAUUUUAAGGAUCGUUUAAUUUUUGUUUAAUCAAUUUCAGUCGAGCCUCAGAAUGUGAAUUGUAAAGGAAAUGCCACAGUUCCAUGUACAACAAUGCUAAUUCAUGAAUUAAAUUUUGAAGCCAGUCUUUUGCAAUAUUUAAUGCUUUUUACAUGUGUUAAUAUUCUUUAUGCUAUGACACAUGUAAUAACAUUUUUUCUAUUUGAAAGACAUCAUAAGCGUUGGUCUGGGUGGACAUAUUGGGAAACAUGAAACAUAAGAUAAUACUCCUUCAGGAUAUGAAAACUUGGUUGUUUUUUUUUUAAAAAAAAUUCUUUCAUCCACCCACUCAUUCUUUGUUUACUGUUAAAGCAUUGAGAUGCUGAGUAGAGCACAUUCAUAAAAUUAAGCAUGAAGGUUAGAAGAUGAACAACUACAAAUCUAAUCUUGUGAAUUCUUCCUCUGAGCAGUCUGAUUUAUUCAGACCAAGAUUAUAAUCAGUACAGUGGAAUAACUGCAGGUUUAUGCUUGCUAUGGUAAAAUUAAUAAAUGUUCACCUUAGCUUAAGUGUUGUUUUGUAUUUUUUUUCUUUUUUGUUACUGAUGUUUUAUUUCACAACCUGAAAGCUGCAGCAAGUGAGGGCUCUGCACUCGUGUAACUUUGGUGCAUAGGUUGGAAGUGCCUACAGAAGUUGGUUUAUGCAUAAUGAUCUUCAGUUUGCCAAUCCCAGUGCUGUUUCUGUUUAGAAUAAAUGUGACAGUGCAAAUUUUAAUUUCAUUUUUCCUAAGUAGAGGAAGGGAGUCUGGUCCAAGACUGUCAAAUCAAGAAGUUAGAUGUACUGAAAUGUUUCAAGGAUAGCACUUCUAUUCUGUACAUAUGUAUGAUACUUAUUUUUAACAUCACAUACACUUUUGAAGGGUUUCUCAUACAUGGUGUUGUUUGGUCCUUUCCAUUACUGUCUUUUGUGCCCUUUGUUUCUGUGUACUGUUUUAAUCAGUUCUGAGGAGACCUGAAACUUGGGCCAAGAAAUGCCAGAUGCUUGGACUGCCUGGUUGAGUGUCUGGGCAGUGCAGUAUUUGUGAGGUUUUUAUCAGUUCUGAUACUUUUAGAUCAUGUGGAGAGGAAGUAUCUGAGAUGGAGAGAAGGCUGAGAAUGGUACAUUUCCUUUCAAGUUCAUCUUUCAAACAUGCAUGCUAGCGUAGCUAGUGCCAAAUGCAAAUGAUUUCUAAUUUCAUUUUUGUUUUGGGGUGGGAAGGAAGAACUGAACACUUUGAUGACUGUACAGCUUGUAUAUGCAGUUGCAGUUUGUCUGUACUUGUAAAAGCUUGUUAAUAUUUGGUUCAGAUUUUUUGAGCAUUGUGAGACUCUUGAAUUGUAUGGGCAGUUUUUUUCCAUCCACCAAGUCAGUGGCCUCAUACAGAAGCACACAGGCAGGCCAUGAAGCUGCCACUGGGACCAAAAGUAGUCAAGACGAAUCAGGUCCAAACGGCAGUGAAUUCCUAAAACAUAGAUCUGCUGGACAGAAUUGUUGGAUAUUUUCUUUCAGUUGAUCAAAUGUGGGCUGGCACACAGAAAAUCUUUGCAGUAGUUCAGUUUAUAGUCACUGAAAACAUGUCGCCUCAUUACCAGUGAGCCUAGCUAAUGACUGUUUAUUGGACCACACUAUGGAUAUUAAGCAUCUGAUGUAGUUUUGUAGAUGACUAUCAGCUCGAAAGGACAGGUACAAGUGUUCCAAGUUACACUUCUUUCACCAGCUUUUCUGUUUCUGUCUGAAAUGAUGGCAUGUUCUGGUGAUCAUUCACCUUUCCAUGUUGGUUUUGGAGGAUCUGCCUACACAGUCCCAGAGACUCAUGAGUCCUGGGUUUACAUCUUGCCUUUUGUUAGGUGUAGCACCUGUUAAUGAAGCUGCACUUGAGCAUGGUCAUGUAGUCGAUUUUGCUUAAAAUGCAAAUAGACCAAAGUCAGUUUGGUGACCUCAGUUGUCCAGCAAGAAAUUGUACUUCUAAUUUACUGCCCUUUACUUUUGGUUCUCAUCACAUCUUGAGUGGCAGGUGACGAUGUAUUUGCAUAUUUUACCCCAUGUUAAAUCUCCAAAGAAAAAUUAACAUUCUUGAGAACAAACAGGACAUUAACUGCUUAGAGGCAUUGAAUAGUAUAAUUUCGUUUAGAAUCAUGGGAUUCUUUUCCAGUGUAUAGAUUGAAGUGAAAUUCUACCAGUAUUUGUGCAGUUUUCAAAUUGUCUUUGCUUAUGUCAAUGUAUGAGAAACAAUGUGUGUUUGAAGGAGGUGGGUACAGAGCCACUUCUGAUUCAUUUGCUCUAUCAAUACUCAUCAUUCUUUUGAUAGUGACUCCAAUCUGAUCUUAGGAAAAUGAAAAAAAAGAACAGCUUGUUCUAUGCUGUCCAGAAUUCAGAAUGACUAGAGAUCAGAAGUGAAGAUAGGAGGCCAUCUUGAACUAACCCAAAUUAAAUAGAAAUAUCAUAUGCAUCAAAUGAGCACACCUGUUUUUAAAUGUUUUUGCUUAUCCCACAUUGUAAAAACCACAGCAGAGUCAUGCAUUGUUCAUUGCUGUAUGUAGCUUAAUUUUAUAUUCCAUGCAUUUUAAGUUGACUGCUGCUUUUUCCUUUGGUAAGUGCAUUUGUAGUUUUCAAUACAUUGUAUAGGCUACAUAUUAGGUUUGUGUAGUCUCAUUGUGAUUCUUCCCACAUGUCUUCACUACCAAUCCAAAAGUUUUUAAACAGCUGGCAUUUUGGUUCUUAAAAUCUGUUUUUAAAUUUUUUUUUUUACUGCCCAUGUGUUCUCACCUCCCAAGAAUGGUUCGUGUCAACACUUUUUCCUUUCUGAUUACAGGUUUUUGAAAAGAUUGUUAUAUUUGUACUUAUCUGCAUGCAUAUCUUUAUUGAUCACCUUAUUUCAAAGCUGCUGAAUCUGACAAAGAUGGUCACAGAUUAAAAAAAUUUUAAGGAGAGAGACAAGUGUUAUGGGUACCAGCUGAACUUUCUGCUAAAAGUUGUUGAAAGUGAAGGCUAUGUAACAGCAUUCCUGGUUGCAGUAAAGCUUUUUUUGUUUUCAUUAGGAUGGCAGUGAAGACCAUUUUCACCCCAUGGUAAACUUUUUUCCAUACUGCCAAUUUGCAUAAUUAUAAAUGGCAAGCCAGCAUCACCAUCGUUGCCACAUUGAAAGGACAAGUUAAUUUGAUCUCAGAAUGAUUCAUUCUUUACACUGCAUUCAACAACUUGUGUAAGGCAGAAGCCCAAACUUUUGUUCCAGAGGAUAAAAUACAGUAAUGGUGGUGAUGGAAAACAUUUCUGUGAAUUGUAAUCCAUAGUGAUUAAUGUGUCAGCACGAUCAGAUGUGCCUUGUUAUGUGUGAUGGUAAUAUGCUAACAUGGACUACACUCAGAGCAGCUCUGUGAAUAGAAUGUAUGGUUCUGCAUUUUGGGUGUUUUUACAGAUUUUGAUAGUGAGUUUUGUCCUGGAUUGUACUGCCACGAAAUUCGCGGACUACUUUCAUAACAGCAUCAAUUUGUAUUAUUGCAGAUAAGUAAGAAAAAAAAAGCACAACCAAAAUUAUCUUUCACUGCUGUCAUUGGUCUUACUCGAGUGCAAUUUAAACAAUAGCUGUAAAAAUUUAAACAAAUCUAACAUUGACUUCUGCCCCUCCAGUUUGCUGGAUUGUAGCUGAAGCAGCACAUUGUGCAGAGCUGUUUUUGGUGAGAAUAAUGCAGAGGAUAUGGAGGAUACACAGCAUUUCUGGUGAUUGCCCUCCAUUUAUAGCAGGGAAAUCUACAUAUCCAAUUUUGCAUCCACUUACACACCCAUUGAUAAUCAUUCAUUGGUCAUUUUGUUCUUUAGUCAUCCUCAAUAAGUAGGUUUACUUUUAGUGUUUAUCUGUAUUAGGAGCCUAGAACAAUGUCAAAACUUUGCUUCCAUGAAAUGAACUUGAGGGAAAUGUCUUGAAAGUUGAACUUCAAAUAGAUUUCAUUUACAAUUUGUAUGUUUGUAAAGUUUCGCAUUAAUCAUCUUAUAGAUGUUUGUACUAUAAUGAAAAAUUGUACAAGUUCAGUUAAAAAUGUGCAAAUAAAAUUUCGUCGUAAUCAACUUUGCUUAAACAUUUUUAGUCUCAUUCUUUUCUGCAGACUGCUUAGAUUCUGAUUUUGGUAUCAGAAAAAUGCCACAAAGCUUAGUCACCAUGCAUUUUUUAUUUUAAACUUUUGUUGUCAAUUUCUUUCAAAACAUUGAGCUCAACCUGUACUAGAAUGUCAUAUUUCUCACCCAGCAAUAUAUGUCGGCCUGUUGAAAUCUUUGGAGAUGAUGACCUACAAAUGUUUGUUGACAUUGAUGUGCAAUGAGACAUCAUGGGAAAAUCACUGCUAACAUUCGUUGUGCUAGCCCAGUUGCUGCUGAACAUUUCAACAUGGUAAAAAUUAACUUGAACUUGGAAGUCAUUGCUCUUUGUAGAAAGCAGUGGCAGACUUGGCUUUUUUUUUUCUCUUCCAAGCAGCCAGCCUGCAGGUCUUGUGACCAUGUCACCAUGAUGUUAUUUUUUUCAUGUCAUGUGAUGAACAUGACGUUGUUGGACCUUGCAGAGUAUUUCCAUCAACAGUGCAUGCUAAUACUGCCAUGACUGAUGAGAUUAGCUUCAUCACAUUUCCUGAAUAGACCCAACCCAACACCCAAUGCUGGGCAUGUUCCUCAUGCCCUCUUGUAAAUUUGACAAGUAACUGUGGUUUGAUCAGUUCUGUCUGGCUCUGCCGAAUGAAGAGAGAGAAACCAUUCGCUUAUUUUUAAGUGACGCUGCUUGUGUAGAUGUAUAUUUCGUGCAGGUUGAUCAUGGGCUGUAGGCCCUGCUCAACUGAUGUGAGCUCAAGUUAUUUUCUUAAUAAAUUGAACACUUUCAAACAAA